AUGAUUGGGCCUACUGCUAGGGAAGAAGAAGAAAUGAUAGAAGCAAAACAACAUGACCAACAGCAGCUCUGUAAUGUCAGUCGGGCAUUGGCUGUGCUGGCAUCUGCAUCGUCUGUUAGCAAGGAGCGUCAAGAGUUCCCGAGCCUUGUCAACAAGGAGAAAAAACUAUAUAACUCCAUGCUUGAAAGAGAAGACACAGAGGGGGCAGAAGAAGCUAAGAAGGCAUAUAUGGCUGCUACAGAGGAGUCAGACGACCUCACCGAGGUUGCUUCAGAGGAAAAAGUCUUGUCAGCGCUGAUUGACAAGGUAUGCAUUUCUUCCAUGCAUGAACACUCUCCUGGUUCUAUUGGUACGCUAUAUAUUUGCUCUGGUUCGCUGUUUAAGGGAAUCAUUUUUUUCCCUGACUUCGUCGGCUACUGA